GCACAGAUUGACUUGCAGAAGGCUGAGGAGCUGGAGUUUGUGAUUAAGAUCAUCUUCGGCAAAGCCCUCGUGGAGCCGCACUACUGCGAGACCUAUGCAGACAUGGUCUUCGCACUCCGAACUCGUUACCCAGAGUUCCCAGCGGAGAACGAGGGCGAGAAGCCACACAGCUUCACUCGCGUGCUGCUCAACACAGUGCAGAACGAGUUCGAGAGCCUUCCAACCACAUUCGAGCCGACAGACGAGGACCGAAAGAAGUUCGAGUCUACCGAGGACCUGAACCUUGAGAUGAAGAAGCGCAAGGGCAAGAUGCUUGCCAACAUGAAGUUCAUUGGGAACCUUUUCCUCCGACAGCUGUUGGCUGUGAAGGUCAUCGGCCAGGUCGUCCACGACUUGAUUGGCAUCAAGCAGGGAGAGAACCCUUUGCCCGAAGAGCACAUGAUCGAGUGCGUGUGCGAGCUUCUCCAGGCCAUUGGCUACACUCUUGAU